CUUAAUAUGGCGACGCACAUAGCAGCGAGCAGCAGCACAUGAGAAUGCUAGCUUACAUGAGCUGGUCGUUGAAUCAUUUUAGUGUAAGUCAGCUCCGUGCCCCUUUGCUAAACAUCUUCUGAUUCCCAAUGUUAAAUGGUCUAGCGAGUCCCUUGUGUUGUUGUGGGAGCGUUACUUAACAGUUAUAUAGAAAUGCGUUAUGGGGUGUCACGUAGCUAACGUCAACCGCUAACAUUCGAGGGAGGCAGUCUGUUGACCUUGUUGCCAGUUUAGUCAUACGCUGUAAUGCAUUAUUUGUGCUCGCUAUUUGAAUAAUUAUGUUAUAUGUGUCAGAAAGUGUAAAAUGUCACCAGUCAGAUAGCUAAUGUUAAUUGUGUGUUAACUUAGCUUGUAGUUGUCACCGUUUCUUACCAUAUAUUUAAUUUGAUAGUCAGCUAUUUGCCCCCUUAGUGACCGUGUUUAAAUUAAGGACGUACUAGUCUCCUACUCUCUAUUUUCACCCUUUAAAUAGUCUUUAAUAAUCAUGUCCAUCCAGCUAACAGGGGUGGUCGUGAGACGUGUCCUGCGCGUAUGCAGUCGCAGGUCUCCAUGGCAACAGCGCAGUUUCUUGUUGACAACAUCAGUAAAUGACACACCUUUCCCGAGUGAGCACAUUUUGAGCACAAGGCAAAGCCAGACAUUCCUCGAUAGAAGUUCAGUCAGGUUUUACUCUCGCGGUGGGAUUCACAAUGAGGACUUGGAGGAGAAGACGCGUCUCUCGUCUCCGGUCGGAGAGUCGUCCCUGUCCGAUGAGAUCUGGCCCGAUGAGACGGGCUCAGAGCGGACACCGAGGAGGCCGCCUUUCCACGACCACCUCCAGCGCUGCCGCUCCCCGUCGGACGUGCUGGACCUCACCACUCGGUACUCGCCCACACUUCGACAGGUCAGCAACUGCAUGACCCGCAUGUGGUCCACCGCCAAGAAGAUGUCCGACGAGCAGCAGCGCUACGAGCUGCAGCUGAUGUUUGAGAACCCCGCGUUCGACAAGCUUCUGCAAAAAGCCAUGAAGAGAGUGGGAGACAUGCGCAACGAGGACGUGGCGUAUUGUCUCCUGAGUAUGGUCCAACUGGGUGUUCCCCAAGGAAGCCGCGUGGUGCAGACUUUCCUGCGAAGCUGUCAGGAGAAUCUGAACGACUUCGAUGAGAAGGGCCUGUCCAUCUUGGCCUCCUGUCUGGAACAUAUGGAGGCCAGCACCAACGUCACUGCCCUUAAAGAGGGCUUGAGGUUGGUAGUUAAGGCCCGUCUCCCCGGGAUCAAGAAUGUUAUUGCUCUUCAGACCAGUAUGCGUCUGUUGGGGAAAGACGCCCCACUGGACCUCAAACGGAAACUCGAGGUGAAGGCUCUAUCAAUGACGGACCAGUUCAGCCUUCCCAACACCCAGUACAUGAUCUCAACUAUGGCCACAACGGGCUUCUACUCCAAACCACUGCUAGAUAUCUGCAGUAGGACGAUUAAAGAAAACCUCCAUGGAAUCCCCUUCAACAGACUGUUUACAGUCCUGCAGUCCUGUCGGGAUUUGCACUACAGAGACUUCGAUCUGCUCACUGGCAUUUCGGAAUACGUUGCCUCUACAAUGGACAUAUGGACCAAAAAACAGGUGGUCCUCUUCCUGUCUGUGAUGGAGAACCUCGCCUUCUGUCCCGCCGCCAUAAUGGAGGCGUUUGCAAAGAAUGUGAGCGCCAAUCCCGACACCCUGACACUUAAAGACCUCCUCUGUAUCCUCAAGGUAUACUCCUAUCUCAACUAUGAUCUGAAGCACCAAAGACAACAGUUCCUGGAGAGUCUGAGCCAGGCGCUGGACUCCUAUCUGCCCAAGAUGUCCGCGUUUGAGUUGUUAAAGGUCGUGUACCAUCUUUGUCUCCUCGGCCACUUCCCCUCCGCACCACUGGAGCAGCUCCUGCAGAGCAGCACGCUGGAGAGGUUUCACGCUACAGUGCCCAGGUUCCUCCCCAACCAGGAGAGGAUGUUUCAGACGGUGAACUUUUGCCUCCGUCUGGAGGCGACCCUGCUCCAUCAGCCGGCGACCGUCCCCCCAUCCCUCCUGGGAGCCCCCAACCCCAGUGGCCAAACAGUCAACCCGUGGCUCUCGCAGGGCCUGCGGAGUCUGCUGGAGGACCAGGCGGACACGACGCUGCAUGAGAUGGUGGUGGUGGAGGACUUCUACCUUGUAGAUGCUGUGAUAACCAAACAGCUGCCACACCAAACCUCUGAGACUGAAGCGAGUAGUUGUGCAGGAGCAGAGAGUCCUCCAGCAGAGAGCAGUCAAAGGAUUGCAGUCAUUUACCCUCCACACUCGGCCUUUUGCUACGGCACGUCUAAUCCCCGCGGCCCUCUGGCUGUUAAGAUUCGCCAUCUGAAGAUGCUGGGCUACGAGCCCAUCUUGGUAACGGAGGAGGAGCUGCAGUCCGAGGAGGACCGGACGGUUUUCCUCCGCAGGCGGAUUUUCUCAGAACACCUCAGCGCCGACUCGCAACCCAAAGUGGAGUCACGGGGGUCUUGAGGACAAAUGCCAAGAGCUAUAUGUGCUUUAGCAGUCCCAAAUUGUGCAAUCAUCAUGAGCACCCAGAUUUUGUUGUGCUGUUAAGAAGUAAUUUGAAGUAUUUCAACAAAUCUGGAUAGACUGCGAUGCACAUGAAGAUUUAUUUUGAUGGGGAUAUAAUCGUUUCUCCUUCGUUUUAUCAUUGUCAUCUGUCUCUAAGUGGCCUCAAAAGCUAAUCGAACGGGUUGCUCUUGCUGAUGCUCGCGCAGGUUGAUGAGUGAGACCGCGACGCCGAAUGAAACCAAUAAAAGCAGAUUGUGCGCCGCUGGCAGAAACUGCACAAAAGCUGCAAGGUGAGCGAGGUAAAGUUUACCCUUUGAAGCAGCCGCGUUGCAGAAAGAAUGACGGAAUAUAAAAAAAAAGAGGGCGAAACACAGGAAAUGGUGUGGCUUGUGUUUGCCUGUUCUGGGUUAUAUCUUGUUCUCAUCGACGUAAGCGACUUUAACUUUCGCAAAACACGCGGUGAUGUUUCUGCCUUCUCAGGAAUUAAAAGAGUGGAAGGAGA